AAACCGGGAAUGCGCAUCGCAUCGUUCCUUCCCGCUGGAACCACGAUAUGCUACGAGCUGGGCCUGGGAGAUAACGUAUCUUGCGUGACCUUUGAGUGCCAGUUUCCUCCGGCGGCCAAAGACAAGCCCAAGGUCAUUCGGUGCAUCUUCAACUCGGACGACCUGACGUCGGCGGAGAUUGAGAACGCGGUAAAUACGAAUCUCGCUGCGUCCGUGCCGCUGUACGAGAUUGACGAGUCUCUCCUCGAAGAUGUCGACGUCGUGUUGAUCCAAGACCUGUGCGAAGUGUGCGCCAUUGGUCCGCCCAUGGUUCUCGCUGCCUUGGACAAGCUCAAGGUCCAACCGCGCGUCUUGUACCUCACCGCACGUAGCCUCGACGGUCUCUACAACGAUAUCAUGACCGUCGCGACGGGAUGCGAUAUUGAAGGCCGUGGCGUCGCCAUGGUCACGUCCAUGAAAGCGCGCGUGGACCGCGUCGAACGAGCGCUCGUGGAUUGCACACCCGUGAAAACCGUAUGCGUGGAAUGGCUAGACCCAAUCUACAAUGCGGGCCACUGGAUGCCCGACCUCGUGCAUCGCGCCGGCGGGUACGAUCCGCUCGCGGCGCCAGAAUCGUUUUCAGUGGCCAUCAACUGGUCACAUGUGGCAGAGGUAGAAUGGAUCAACUACACCAUGCUAUGCAUGCUAUUGCUUCCUUUUGGUGGUUAAUGCAUGCAUCCUCGCUGGGUUGUUUGUUUGCGUGUAGGCGGGGGCAGAACUGCUCGUGAUCAUGCCAUGCGGGUUCGAUCUCGCUCGAACCAUCAAGGACGCAACCGACACGCUUCCGCCCAAAUCUGGCUGGAGAGACAUCCCCGCCGUCCAGAACCGCCGCGUUUGGGCGUUCGAUGGCAACCGACUGUUCAGCGGCGCGUCGCCGGCGCUAGUCGAUGGCCUCGAAAUCCUCGCGUCCGUGCUGCAUCCGGAAUUGUACACGCUGGAGCCGACUCUGUACUCGACGGACUUUGCCUUGCUGGAUAUUUGAUAGGCACCAAACGUCCUAUCCGUCAAGACAAGGCAUCGAAUCAAACCAAAUUUGGCCAGCCACUGGAUGGCUGCAGUAUUUUGAACCGACGCGACGAGUUUGUGUUGCCUGUAUCUGCUGUGCUUGUAAUAAUAAAUCAUGUGCAAUAUUGUCGAUU